GUUUUAUAAUGCGCAAAGAAAAGAAAUCAAACUGGUGGAAAUCAAUUAUGUGUUGUUCAAAAAAAAUGUUGAAUAAUCAAAAUACUGAAGAUAAAUCGGAACCGUAUGAUUAUGUUCUGGAAAAAUUAGUUUUGCAACGUGUGCCUCUUGGCGUAUUGAAAACAAAUUUGAGCAAUUCGUCUUCAUCCUUUACUGAAUUAUCAAAAAUAAAUUCCGACAACACGAGGAUUUGUAUGGAAAAUGAAAAAUUAGAAACACCAGAGAAAAGUAAAAUUAUUUCCAAAAUAAAAUUUGUUGAAGCUCCAGUUGAAGUUCAUUAUAAAGCAUCAAAUUUACAAUUGAAAAAGAAUACAAUGAAAUCUAAAUCACAAAUUUUUACAUCCUCUGAUUCGUGUGAGAAAAUUUAUUCCGAUCGAAAUAUUACAGAUGAUUCCUCUGAAACCACACUUAGAUGGAAAAUUAUAAUUAAACACAAUCAAACAACGGAAAAUAAAGAUAAAAAUUUCAAAAAUUUCUCUUUUGAAAAUAUUUCAAAAUCUUUUUAA